AUGGAAACAGGUGAAACACCGACCGACUUCCUCGACUGGAAGCGACAAAAUAAUCUUGCGAGAUGCCAGAGAAUAGUCGCCUACGUUCUACGACUUAUCAAAAUGCUUCUCCGCCGCGUGAACGCUAAUCUACGAGAAAAAGUCGAGAGUACAAUAACCGAAUUGCGCUCGAUAGAAAUGCUUCCGUACAUAACAGCUCGUGAGAGAGAAAUAGCCCUCCGUGUUAUCGUCCACAAUCAUCAAAAGGUGCAUCUUCCACCAGAGAGGCAAAUUACUUUAAAGCAGUUGAAGCUGAAGGAAGAUGAGAAUGGAAUCCUGCGCUGUCGAGGACGGCUCGGAAACCCCUGCUUGCCUCCUGACGCUAAAUAUCCAUGUCUAAUUGCCAGCAAGUCCGAUCUUGCUCGACUUACUGUGGAACAGGCCCACGGACCUCUCUAUUGUGGCACGGGACACACGAUGGCGAUUGUCAGAGAGCGAUUCUGA